AUGACAGACCUUCAUAUGAAUGCCGACAUAGAUGAUGAGGAUGAUCCAAUAAUCAGCUCCUAUGAUAUUUUCAUUAAACCUCACAUUUCUGAAGGUCGAGAAAUCUACAUAUUACAAUUCCCAAAUCGCGAUAUUGAGCAACGAUAUGCCGGAUCAAAUGAUGCUCAACCUCUCAAAUUUCGAACGAAACCAAAAGCCGGAAUGGUUGAGAUGGAUGUUCCAAUUGAUGCGCGUAGGAAUUAUGACAAAGAUAAGGGUGUGAAAUGGGGAGAUGCUAUUAAGAAGAGUAAUAUGGUUAAGGGUGGAGGAAGUCAUGGUUUACCAGGUGGAUUUGGAAUUGGAGGCGCGCAACCAAGUCAAAGAGGAAGGGGAAGGGCACAGGAGCUCGAUCCUGAGAAAGUACUGGCGGAUUUUGAAGGUGCUAUUCGAAGUGAACAGGUUUUGACAAAGCAAACUCUUGGUGGUCAAAUAAUUCCAGUCGACAAAAAUAGUCCUAAUUACUUUCUGGGGGCUUUUCAAAAAGACAAACUUCAUCUCACUCCGAUUGACCAUAUGGUACAAAUGAGGCCCCAAUUUCAUCAUAUCGAUGCACACGUAGAACAGGAAAAGCAAAAUCGCCCGCGGGAAGGACCUACGCCCAAGGCUACCGAAGCUCGAGCUAUUCAUAUGACAGUAAAGUCAAAUAUUGAUGGAGAGGAAGAUGGGAGUGACAAUAUUGCCGUACGGAUUUCUGCUGCGCAACAGGAACAAUGGGUGAAGCAUCGAUACGUCGACGAGGAUCAUCAAGCUGCUUGGGAGUGCUAUCAUGAAAACAUGUUUAUUUAUGCUGAUCAAGAUGAGAAUGGAGAUGAGCAGGCACUGUCGAUUGAUACGGUACCCAGGUUGACCACCGGGAUGGAUGACAUGGCAUAUAUUGAUACAAUCAGUGCGCCAAAUAAUGCUGCGAAGAUGUCAAGGGCUAAGGUGGAUGCGCAAACAAUUGAUCUGAAUGAUGAUGAAGAAUGA